AUGAAAAGAUUCUUCGCUAAAAAGACUUCAGCUCAAGGAAAUAAAACUCUUUUAAACAAAACCCACCAGAGAUCAUUCUCAACUGGCCCCUAGAAAAAUCCAUAUGCUAGCGUGCUAUCAAAUCUAACUGUAGGAAAUCAAAAGUAUUCUUUCUAUAACUUACCAGCUUUGCAAGAUCAACGUAUUUAGAGGUUACCAUACUCUGUUAGAGUAUUGCUCGAAUCAGCCGUUAGAAACUGUGAUGAAUUCAACGUUAAGCAAGCUGAUGUUGAAAGAAUCCUUGACUGGGUUAACACUUCUCAAAAAGAUGUUGAAAUUCCCUUCAAACCUGCUAGAGUUCUUCUUCAAGAUUUUACUGGAGUACCAGCUGUUGUCGAUUUGGCUGCCAUGAGAGACGCAAUUAAGAGACUUGGUGGCGAUCCAUCAAAGAUUAAUCCACUAUGUCCAGUUGACUUGGUUAUCGAUCACUCCGUCCAAGUUGAUUUUGCUGGAACCAAGGAUGCUAAAGAUAGAAAUGAGGCUCUUGAAUUCGAGAGAAACAGAGAAAGAUUCUAAUUCUUAAAAUGGGGAUCAAAAGCAUUCAACAACUUCAAAAUUGUUCCACCAGGCUCAGGUAUUGUCCAUCAAGUAAAUCUUGAAUAUCUCGCUAGAGUUGUUUUCAAUCAAGAUGGCCUACUUUAUCCUGAUUCAGUUGUUGGUACUGACUCUCAUACUACUAUGAUCAAUGGUCUUGGAGUCGCCGGUUGGGGAGUCGGAGGUAUUGAAGCAGAAGCUGUUAUGCUUGGAGAAGUAAUUAGUAUGGUUCUCCCAUAAGUCGUUGGUUUCAAAUUGACAGGUCAACUUCCAAAGCAUGUUACUGCCACUGAUUUGGUUUUAACUUGCACAUAAAUGCUUAGAAAAAGAGGAGUCGUCGGUAAAUUUGUCGAAUAUUUCGGACCUGGAGUUAAGACUCUUACUCUUGCAGAUAGAGCAACCAUUAGUAAUAUGUCUCCAGAGUAUGGUGCUACUAUGGGCUACUUCCCAGUAGAUGAAUAAACUCUAAAAUAUUUGAAAUUAACUGGUAGAGAUGGACAAUCAGUUGCAACAAUUGAGAAAUAUUUAAGAGAGCAGAAUCUUUUCGUAAAGCAUGAUGGAUCUCAAGAAGACCCCUUAUUCUCAGGAGAUGUUAUUGAACUUGACUUAUCAUCAGUUUAACCAUCACUUGCUGGACCUAAGAGACCUCAUGAUAAAGUGAAUCUCUCUGAUAUGAGAAGUGAUUUUACCACUUCAUUGACGAACAAAGUUGGAUUCAAGGGAUAUGGACUUCCACAAGAGCACACAAGUACUAAAGCAAAGGUCUAGUACCAAGGCAAAGAAUACGAGCUUACUCAUGGUUCAGUUGUUAUCGCUGCCAUUACAUCUUGUACUAACACUUCAAAUCCAGAUGUUAUGCUCGCUGCAGGUCUACUUGCAAAGAAUGCAGUAGAAAAAGGUUUGAGUGUAAAGCCAUACAUCAAGACUUCAUUGUCACCAGGUUCAGGAGUAGUAUCAGCAUAUUUUGAAGCUGCUGGUGUCUAAUAAUACCUCGAUUAACUAGGUUUUACCACAGCUGGAUAUGGUUGCAUGACAUGUAUUGGAAACUCAGGAGAGAUCCCUAAGGAAAUUCAAGAUGCUAUUGUUGAGAAAGAUUUGGUUGCUGCUGCAGUUCUCUCAGGAAAUAGAAAUUUUGAGGGAAGAGUUCAUCCAAAUACUAGAGCUAAUUAUCUUGCCAGUCCACCCCUUGUAGUUGCUUAUGCACUUGCCGGUAGAGUUGAUAUUGAUUUUGAGAAAGAACCAAUCGGUUAAGACAAAUAGGGCAAGGAUGUUUUCCUGAAGGAUAUCUGGCCCGAUAGACCAGUUGUUACAGGAGUAUCAGGCGCUGUCAUUCAACCAGAAAUGUUCUAAAAGAUCUAUAAAGAUAUUCUCUAAGGAAGCAAGAGAUGGUAAGAGCUUGAUGCUGGCCAAGGAACUCUCUAUGAAUGGGAUAGUAACUCAACUUAUAUUGCAAACCCACCAUUCUUUAAGACUACCGAAAAAGAACCUAGCCCAAUUAAGGAUGUCCAUGAUGCUUACUGCUUGUUGAAUAUGGGAGAUUCAAUUACAACUGAUCAUAUUUCACCAGCAGGUAAAAUUGCUGGCAACUCUCCAGCUGCUAGAUACUUGAAGAGUCACGGUGUUCAAGCAGAAGAUUUCAAUACAUAUGGUGCUAGAAGAGGUAACUUCGAGAUUAUGGCCAGAGGUACUUUCGCCAACACCAGACUCAUCAACAAAAUGAUGGACAAAGUUGGUCCACAGACAGUUCAUAUUCCAUCUGGCUAAAAACUUGCUGUAUGGGAUGCAGCUGAGCAAUAUAUGAAGGAUGGACAAGAUUUAAUCAUCCUCGCUGGAAACGAAUAUGGAUCAGGUUCAUCAAGAGAUUGGGCUGCCAAGGGACCUUAUCUUCAAGGUGUUAAAGCUGUUAUUGCUGAGAGCUACGAGAGAAUCCAUAGAAGCAACUUAGUUGGUAUGGGAAUCCUUCCACUCUAAUUCAAGAAAGGUUAAAAUGCAGACAAUCUCGGACUCAAUGGAAGUGAGACCUUCUCUAUCAAUUUGAAUGGUGGAAACAUUAAAGUCGGCUCAGACAUUGAAGUAGUUACUAACACUGGCAAGAAAUUCUCAGCUACAGUCAGAAUUGAUACUGAUCCAGAGCUUUAAUAUUACAAGAACGGAGGUAUUCUUCAUUACGUUCUUAGAAAGAUCAAUAAAUGA